AGCCAACAUCGAACUUGUAUACACAGCCUGGGCUUAUUAUUAAUACCUUGAUUGAUUAAAACUGCGAGGCGCUCUCAUUCAUUGAACUACCAACUGGCAAAGGCAUCUAGCUGUCUGCAGGACUGACUGAGGUAAGAAUCUUCACAAUGGUGCCUGACAGUAAAAUAGAAGCUAUUGGAGAUGUAUUGGCAAAUCAGAGUUGUCCUCUCAAAGAACGUUUUCGAGCUCUUUUUACCUUGAAAAAUCUGGGUGGAGAAAAGGCAAUUAAGGCUAUUUCUGAGUGCUUUGGCGAUCCAUCAGCUCUAUUAAAGCAUGAGCUGGCUUAUUGCCUUGGUCAAAUGAAGGAUACUAGGGCAAUACCAAUUCUAGAAACGGUCCUGAAAGAUACAUCCCAGGAACCUAUGGUUCGCCAUGAAGCUGGUGAAGCAUUAGGAGCUAUUGGAGAUCCCAGCGUCUUGGAGCUCCUCCGUUCUUACAGCAAAGACCCUGUUGUGGAAGUUGCUGAAACAUGUGAAUUAGCUCUAGGUCGCAUUGAGUGGUUACAGAAUGAAGCAAAUAAAAAUCAGAAAUUCACAGGUGAAGAAAAUUUCUCUUCUGUUGAUCCAACACCACCAUCUACAGAAACAGAUGUGGAGAAAUUGAGAGAAAGAUUGGUAGAUGAGUCCCUUCCUUUAUUUGACAGGUAUCGAGCCAUGUUUUCUCUUCGCAACUUAAAUACACCAGAAAGUGCUAAAGCUCUUUCUGCUGGAUUUAAAUGCAGUAGUGCACUUUUCCGUCAUGAAAUUGGUUACGUAUUGGGUCAGAUGUGCUGUGAUAGUGUUGUUCAAGAGUUAGCAGCAGUUGUGAGGGAUAAAAAUGAAAACGAAAUGGUAAGGCAUGAAGCUGCUGAAGCUCUUGGAUCAAUUGCAUCAAAUGAGGCAGUAGAGGUGCUUAAAGAAUUUGUUGGUGAUAAUGCAAGGGUUGUCAGAGAAAGUUGUGAAGUUGCAUUAGAUAUGUCUGAUUAUAAUAAUAGUCCAGCAUUCCAGUAUGCAGAUGGUCUCUCAAAAGUAGAUUUUACUGAGAAGUGAAGAGGAAUUUAUGCUCUGGAGAAGCACCAUGUUAUUGGCUUUGUUUUGAAAGAAAUGUGAAACUUAUGCCAAUAAAAUGAAAAUUUUU